CACGCCGAAGGAAAGACGGCAAAUAAAUACUUGUGGAGAAGGACGGCAAAUAAGUACUUGUCGCCAAGAAGAAGGUAGAGAUUCUUUCUAAAUAAAUUCCAUUUCCAGUUGAAUUAUUGCAUUGCAAUUGCCAGCAAAAAUAGAAAUGAAAAUAAGUUAAAAAGGUAUCAUUUCAGAAGGAAAAAGAUCAAAAUUUUCCCACUCCAUUUACUGUCAAUUGCUCACCCGUUCCACUUUCUUUGGGAUUUCUCCCUUUUUUGUUUUUAAUUUUAAUCUAAAUUCAAAGGUGCCCCAGAGUUUGAUUUGAGUUUUCUCUUUCUGUUGAUUUUCUUGGCAUCCAAACAAUGGAGAGUUUAGCCCUCCACUGCUCCUUCGCCGCCGCCGCGGCCACCACCACUACUCCUUUCUCACUUAGCCCCGGCAUUUCCCUCCAUUUCCGCUCUACACCCAUACCCAAAUCACCCCCGCCGUCCAUUUUCCCGCCAUCUUCUUCAUUCCCCGCCCUCCGAUCCCCUCUCAAUUCUCUCUUGUUUUCCCCUCUUCCCAAACGAAGAAACCCUUUACUUUUCCUUACCCGUGCCACUUCUCAAAACGGCAAAGACCCACCACCUCAAACAACACCUCCGCCGCCGCCACAAGGAGCUAAACUCCUCCCUUUCCUCAUCUCAAUUUCAAUAGGCCUCAUUGUUCGUUUCCUAAUCCCCAUACCCGUCGAAGUAACACUCCAAGCCUGGCAACUCUUCGCCAUCUUUUUAUCAACAAUCACCGGUCUGGUCUUAAGCCCUUUACCCGUCGGAGCAUGGGCAUUCUUAGGCCUCACAACUUCCAUCGUUACCGGAACGCUGCCGUUCACCACCGCCUUCGGUGCCUUCACCAACGAAGUGAUUUGGUUGAUCGUUAUUUCCUUCUUCUUCGCUCGUGGGUUCGUUAAAACGGGGCUCGGUGAUAGGAUCGCUACUUAUUUCGUCAAAUGGUUGGGAAAAAGCACCUUGGGAUUGUCUUAUGGGUUGACUUUGAGUGAGGCCUUGAUUGCACCGGCGAUGCCUAGUACUACCGCUAGAGCCGGCGGAGUUUUUGUACCCAUCAUCAAGUCGUUGUCUCUGUCGGCGGGAAGCCGGCCCGGGGAUCCGUCGUCUCGGAAGCUUGGGAGUUACCUGGUUCAAUCUCAGUUUCAGGCUUCCACCAACUCCAGUGCUCUUUUCCUUACUGCUUCAGCUCAAAAUUUGCUAUGCCUCAAAUUAGCCGAGGAGCUCGGUAUUAUCAUUUUGAAUCCUUGGGUUUCAUGGUUCAAAGCUGCUAGUUUACCAGCACUUGUUUCCCUACUGCUAACUCCGCUUAUUUUAUACAAGUUUUACCCUCCGGAAAUCAAAGAUACGCCCGAUGCCCCGGCAAUGGCGGCAAAGAAACUCGAACAGAUGGGUCCUGUCACAAAAAAUGAAUGGAUCAUGGUUGGAACUAUGCUUCUUGCUGUUACUCUAUGGGUCUGCGGUGACACUCUUGGCAUACCAAGUGUUGUGGCUGCAAUGAUCGGUUUAUCAAUGCUCCUUUUGUUAGGAGUGCUUGAUUGGGAUGACUGCUUAAGCGAAAAGUCAGCAUGGGACACACUGGCAUGGUUUGCUGUUUUGGUAGGCAUGGCAGGCCAAUUGACAAACCUCGGGAUAGUGAGUUGGAUGUCCGGUUGUGUUGCUAAGAGCCUUCAAUCUCUUUCUUUAAGCUGGCCUGUGGCAUUUGUCGUUCUUCAGGCAUCAUACUUUCUCAUCCAUUACCUAUUCGCAAGCCAAACCGGUCAUGUAGGAGCAUUAUACUCUGCUUUCCUUGCUAUGCACUUGGCGGCUGGAGUACCUGGUGUAUUAGCAGCUAUGGCUCUCGCUUACAAUACCAACCUUUUUGGUUCCAUAACACAUUAUAGCAGCGGUCAGGCAGCCGUCUACUAUGGAGUGUUUCUGCGAUUUUGCUGGUUUUCUAUUCUGACUUUGGACUCCAAUGGAGGAUGAGAUGGCAAAUCUACGGCUUGAUGGUGAGGAGGAAGAUGCGGAAGUGACUGAAUAGGAUCUUCAAUUUUCUCUGGUUGGAACUUGUUUGACUGACAGCUUGGUCCACUUCCCAUCCCUUUGAAACACUAUUGUUGAUUUAUGGCACCCGGUUGGAGGUAUUUCCAUUACCGAUUUGGGUGACAAAUAUUUAUUUAAAUUUUUCUACGCGAUUGAUAUAAAGGUGCUAGAAUGAAUGUCAUGGUUCUUUAACAA